AUGUAUGAUUUGCUCACAUUCGAGGCACGAGUAGCUGGCACACGGGCAGCUGGGACGUGGUACGUUUUGGACGGUGUCACAAUGGCGACGGGUAGUCACGAGUUGGCAAUGGAGACUCGUGAACUCGAGCACGAUGAGGUAUGGACGGGUAGGACAGGAAGGAGGAUGUGGUAUCGGGUAGAGUCGUAUAGUGGUAUGGGUGGGAUGGAGAGGUACGACUGGUACUUGGAUGGUGACUUACGCAGAACGAUGAGAUGCGCUUCAAAAGCUCAAGUACCUCCGGCUGAAACCGAUGCGGACUACACACACACGCUACUGUUCCUGCACACGCCGGAGCGUCUACUGCUAGCGAAGAAAUUGCGAGGUUUCGCAACAGACACAUACAACGGUAUUGGCGGCAAGGUCAACACUGGCGAAUCAGCCGUCGAAUGCAUCCUGAGGGAGACGCACGAGGAAGUCCACUUGACAUUGGUACCAGAUAAGCUAAGCUUUGCCGGAAGCAUAUCGAUCCACGUCGAUCAUGGCGAAAGUGUCAAGAUUGCCGUCUUCACUCAGCGGUUGCAAGAGGACGACGUACCAAGAGCUGUGAUCAAGUCCUCAGACGAGGUACAUCCAACGUGGAUUCCUAAACACCAUCUUGUACCGAAUACCGAUCACCAGCCAUUCACCGGAAAGAUGCGUCCCGAACACAACAUCUACCUAGCUUGCCUGCUCAACGACCACAUCCAACCGCACGCAGACAACCCUGCCGACAAGGGCGUACUGAUCAAUGUCAAGAUAGCCUUCCAUGCUGAACCAUCCAAACUCGAAUUUGCACAAGCAGAGCGCCCCGAAAACCACCGCACGAUCCGCCAAUGGUCGCUCGACGUCUUCUACAACUCCGAAACUACAUUCACGUGA